AUGUCUCCACCCCGACACAUGCCCUCUCCACAACCACACCUACACUCCGACACGUGCCCUCUCCACAACCACACCUACACCCCGACACGUGCCCUCUCCACAACCAUACCUACACUCCGACACGUGCCCUCUCCACAACCACACCUUCACUCCGACACGUGCCCUCUCCACAACCACACCUACACUCCGACACGUGCCCUCUCCACAACCAUGUCUCCACCCCGACACGUGCCCUCUCCACAACCACACCUACACCCCGACACGUGCCCUCUCCACAACCACACCUACACUCCGACACAUGCCCUCUCCACAACCAUGUCUCCACCCCGACACAUGCCCUCUCCAAAACCACACCUUCACUCCGACACGUGCCCUCUCCACAACCACACCUACACUCCGACACGUGCCCUCUCCACAGCCACACCUACACUGCAACACGUGCCCUCUCCACAACCACACCUACACUCCGACACAGGCCCCCUCCAUAACCACACCUACACUCCGACACGUGCCCUCUGCACAACCACACCUACACUGCAACACGUGCCCUCUCCACAACCACACCUACACUCCGACACGUGCCCUCUCCACAACCAUGUCUCCACCCCGACACGUGCUCUCUCCACACCCAAACCUGCACUCCGACACACGCCCUCUCCACAACCACACCUACACUCCAGAACACGCCCUCUCCACAACCAUACUUACACUCCGACACAUGCCCUCUCGACAACCAUGUCUCCACCCCGACACGUGCUCUCUCCACAACCACACCUACACUCCGACACACGCCCUCUCCACAACCACACCUACACUCCAGAACACGCCCUCUCCACAACCAUACUUACACUCCGACACAUGCCCUCUCCACAACCAUGUCUCCACCCCGACACGUGCUCUCUCCACACCCAAACCUGCACUCCGACACACGCCCUCUCCACAACCACACCUACACUCCAGAACACGUCCUCUCCACAACCAUACUUACACUCCGACACAUGCCCUCUCCACAACCAUGUCUCCACCCCGACACGUGCUCUCUCCACAACCACACCUACACUCCGACACGUGCCCUCUCCACAACCAUGUCUCCACCCCGACACGUGCUCUCUCCACAACCACACCUACACUCCGACACACGCCCUCUCCACAACCACACCUACACUCCAGAACACGCCCUCUCCACAACCAUACCUACACUCCGACACGUGCCCUCUCCACAACCAUACCUACACUCCGACACGUGCCCUCUCCACAACCACAACUACACUCCGACACACGCCCUCUCCACACCCAAACCUGCACUCCGACACACGCCCUCUCCACAACCACACCUACACUCCGACACACGCCCUCUCCACAACCACACCUACACUCCGACACGUGCCCUCUCCACAACCACAACUACACUCCGACACGUGCCCUCUCCACAACCACACCUACACCCCGACACGUGCCCUCUCCACAACCAUACUUACACCCCGACACGUGCCCUCUCCACAACCACACCUACACCCCGACACAUGCCCUCUCCACAACCAUACCUACACUCCGACACGUGCCCUCUCCACAACCACACCUACACCCCGACACAUACCCUCACCACAACCACACCUACACUCCGACACGUGCCCUCUCCACAACCACACCUACACCCCGACACGUGCCCUCUCCAUAACCACACCUACACUCCGACACACGCCCUCUCCACAACCAUACCUACACUCCGACACGUGCCCUAUCCACAACCACACCUACACCCCGACACGUGCCCUCUCCACAACCCGGCAUACCUACACUCCGACACGUGCCCUCUCCACAACCACACCUACACCCCGACACGUGCCCUCUCCACAACCACACCUACACUCCGACACGUGCCCUCUCCACAACCACACCUACACCCCGACACGUGCCCUCUCCACAACCACACCUACACUCCGACACACGCCCUCUCCACAAUCACACCUACACUCCGACACGUGCCCUCUCCACAACCACACCCACUCUCCGACACGUGCCCUCUCCACAACCAUGUCUCCACCCCGACACGUGCCCUCUCCACAACCAUGUCUCCACCCCGACACGUGCCCUCUCCACAACCACACCUACACUCCGACACGUGCCCUCUCCACAACCACACCUACACUCCGACACGUGCCCUCUCCACAACCAUGUCUCCACCCCGACACGUGCCCUCUCCACAACCAUACCUACACUCCGACACGUGCCCUCUCCACAACCACACCUACACUCCGACACGUGCCCUCUCCACAAACACACCUACACUCCGACACGUGCCCUCUCCACAACCAUACCUACACUCCGACACGUGCCCUCUCCACAACCACACCUACACUCCGACAUGUGCCCUCUCCACAACCAUACCUACACUCCGACACGUGCCCUCUCCACAACCACACCUACACUCCGACACGUGCCCUCUCCACAACCACACCUACACUCCGACACGUGCCCUCUCCACAACCACACCUACACUCCGACACGUGCCCUCUCCACAACCACACCCACUCUCCGACACGUGCCCUCUCCACAACCAUGUCUCCACCCCGACACGUGCCCUCUCCACAACCAUGUCUCCACCCUGACUCGUGCCCUCUCCACAACCAUGUCUCCAGCCCGACACGUGCCCUCUCCACAACCAUGUCUCCAGCCCGACACGUGCCCUCUCCACAACCAUGUCUCCACCCCGACACGUGCCCUCUCCACAACCAUGUCUCCACCCCGACACGUGCCCUCUCCACAACCAUGUCUCCACCCCGACACGUGCCCUCUCCACAACCACACCUACACUCCGACACGUGCCCGCUUCAAGAGUUGGGAAACGAAAAGAACCCCAAACAGUUCAGCGAGGCAUAG